GUCCACCAUGGCCUCGGACCACCAGACCCAAAUAGGCAAGCAGCAGCCACCUCCCAACCCCAAGAUCACCGUCUUUGAACAGGAAAACUUCCAGGGCCACUCUCAUGAGCUCACUGGGGCCUGUUCCAACCUGAGAGAUACUGGCAUAGAGAAGGCGGGCUCCAUUCUGGUGCAGGCUGGACCCUGGGUGGGCUAUGAACAAGCCAACUGCAAGGGUGAGCAGUUUGUGUUUGAGAAGGGUGAGUACCCUCGCUGGGACUCAUGGACCAGCAGUCGCAGGACAGACUCCCUCAGCUCACUGAGACCCAUCAAAGUGGACAGCCAAGAACACAGGAUCAUCCUCUACGAGAACCCCAAUUUCACAGGGAAGAAGAUGGAGAUCAUUGACGAUGACGUGCCCAGCUUCCACGCACAUGGCUAUCAGGAGAAGGUGUCCUCCAUCCGUGUGCAGACUGGCACGUGGGUUGGUUAUCAGUACCCUGGAUACCGUGGGCUGCAGUACCUGCUGGAAAAGGGGGACUACAAGGAUAGCGGUGACUUCGGGGCCCCCCACUCCCAAGUGCAGUCCAUACGACGCAUCCGGGAUAUGCAGUGGCACCAACGGGGCACCUUCCACUCUUCCAACUAG